AUGGAGCAUGAGGCGGCCAGCAGCAGCGAGGGCGAGUAUCAAUUUUGCCGUGGGAUCUGCGCCGAGACCACGACCAAGUCGAUCCUCGUCGGCUCGUCGCUCGGCAAGCUCUACAUGUUGUCGCAAACGUCGGCGGGUGAGGCCAAAGGUAGCGACUACUCGGACUUCCAGCUCCACUCAACCGUCUCGGGCCACGACGCGGCCGUGCAGGCGGUGGGAGCCAAUGGCAGCGCCAAGGAACCGAUGGCUGUCAGUAGCGACGACGACGGCACGCUGAUCGUCUGGAGCGUCGAGGCAUCGGGGCUCGAGAAGAAGCAUGUGAUCCAAGGCACUUCGUUUCCGACCACAAGCCUCCGAUGCUUCCAGACGCGCUGGGUGCUCACGGGCGAUACGACGGGGAAGCUGCGGCUCGUCGACAUGCACGAUGGCAUGAUUUCCGCCGAUGUCGGCGCACACACGCGCCACCUCUCGGCGCUCGACACGCACGACGACCGCGUCGUGACGGUCGGCGAAGACGGCUAUCUGCACGUGUGGAAGCUCAAGGACGAUGCGGGCGCCCCGAGUCUCCGCUUCGAGCUCGAGCACACGCACCGCGCCGGCGACGAUCGCAUGACGGGAGUCGCGUUUGCCUCGGCGACCAAGAUUCUCACCGUCUCAUACGACUCGACGCUCAUCAAGUCGUGGGUCGACGCGGCGUAG